UAUGUAUAAGUCUACAGCAGAAUACAGUAGUUAUCAACCACCUGUAUACAGUAGACUACGGUAGACUGUAUAAACAGUAGUUAUUAACCACCUGUAUACAGUAGACUACAGUAGACUGUAUAUACACUACAGUAGUUAUUAACCAGCUGUAUUAUUGUAUACAGUAGACUGUAUAUACAGUAGUUACUACCCACGGCCACCGGUAUACAGUAGACUACAGUAGACCGUAUAUACAGUAGACUGUAUAUAGUAUACAAUAUAUACAGCAGACAAACCUGUUAUACAGUAGACUACAGUAGACUAUAGAAGACUGUAUAUAUUGUAUACUAUAUAGUAUUCAAUAUAUACAGCAGACAAACCUGUUAUACAGUAGACUACAGUAGACUACAGUAGACUACAGUAGACUACAGUAGACUAUAGAAGACUGUAUAUAAGUUUUAAACUUCAAGCAGAUAUAAAACAAGUUUAUCCGAUCAGAGUGAACAUGGGUCUAAGAAUGCCUGGUAAGGAUGAUUCUCCGAGUCUAGUAUUUGACAAGGCAGAGCUAAGGGAGAGGUUGACCCCAACUCAAUACCAGGUCACGCAGGAACAUCAUACAGAAAAACAGUUUACGAAUGAAUAUUACAAGCACAAAGAGGUUGGAAUAUACAGUUGCGUGGUUUGUUUCGCUGAUCAUUUCUCCAGCAGCACCAAAUACGACUCCGGUAGUGGGUGGCCGUCUUUCUGGGACGUAUUGGACAAAUCUAAUAUCCGGAGUAGGAGCGAUGCAUCAGCAGGUAAACAAACCCUCUCUUCUCUCACAGUCAUCCAACAUUUUAAAGCUCUCACACAAAAAGCAAUAAGAAUUUUGUCAAUUACUUCUUUAAAAAAAGUCUCAAACUUAUGCUUUACAAUUGUUAAAAUGGUAAAAAGAAUAGUUCAAAAAAACUUUAUUUUAAUUGUGCGUGUUGCUUUGGUUAGAACUGAAAUAUCCUGUCUGAAAUGCGGAUCCCAUCUUGGUCAUGUGUUUAAGGACGGACCGAAACCUACAGGACUCAGAUACUGUGUCAACUCCGCCUCCUUAAGUUUCAGAGCAGAUCCAUCCGCCGGGGCGGAGACAACUCAGGAACUGAUUUCUCACCCAGCGACCCUGGGCGGAUGUGGCGGAGUGGACGGGGUUUGCCAGAGAAUCAGUAAAGUCAGUUUGAAACCCGUCCAAACUCCGAUAAAAUAAUCUCUGCCAAAAUAAAAUAAUAAAAUCCUAAAAUAAAUUUUGAUUUGGCCCAUCCAUCCCUACCAAUUCUAACAAGUUGAAA